AUGUUCUACCCGAAACUUGUGAUCGCCAUCACAAUCCAGGUGUUUCUCUUAUCCUUCGCCCUCAACUACUAUGGCUUAGACGGAUUCGAUAAGCUUACCGCCGUUCUGUGCACUGCGAAAGGAGAAGAUGGCUUUGGAAGAGGUGAACGGAACACCAUCGAUUCGCGGCCGUCUGAAAAGGCCACCCGCGUUCGGGUAUUCGAAGAGGAUGAGCUGCGACAGUACGACGGCAGUAUCGGCUCUCCCGGCCUCUACCUGGCCCUUCUCGGCCAAGUAUUCGACGUACAAAAGGGUGAAAAGCACUACGGACCCAGAGGAUCGUAUAGUUUCUUUGCUGGAAUAGACGGCACUCGAGCGUUUAUUACUGGCGACUUUUCCCCCGAAGGCCUUACUGACGAUAUUAAUGGCCUCGAUUCUCAGGAUCUGAUCGGUCUCCGCGAAUGGCUUGAUUUCUAUCGAAAAGAAUAUUCUCCCGUUGGAGUUCUUCGUGGAAAAUAUUACGAUAAAGACGGUGCUCCAACGGAGGAUGUCAUGCGGUUUCGAAAGAAAGUGGAGGAUGCGUUGGCUCAGCAGCGUGUGCUGACGGUCGAAACUGAGCGGUUUCCUCCAUGUAAUUCAGAAUGGAUUCAGGGAAAGGGUGGUCGAGUUUGGUGCAGCAGUCGCAGCGGAGGCGUUAAAAGGGACUGGGUCGGAGUGCCAAGAAAAUACUUCAAGCCUGGUUCCAUACGUCCUCGUUGCGUGUGCGUGAAAAACUUUGGACCUCCACAGGGCAACGACCCGGUUUUGCCUAAGGACAAUUCCGGCGACCUCCGUCAUCCGAAUUUGGCGGAGUACACGAAUUGCAGCCCCGAGUCGGUGUUCUGUGACAUGAGUUUGUAG